CCCGCGAUAAGCUUGUGGCAUCGCACAUGAAGGUCAGAGAUGUCAAAACGGAUCUACUCUACACACAUGGACGAAGCCCUCGUAUUUCUUGACCUAGUUGUAGCGGGCUAAGGCUUGCUUAGUUCCCACGAUGGAUCGAAUAUUGCGGGGUAUCAUGCGUUAUCGUAUUUUGGACCGGGCAACCAUGGUUAAACAGUUCCAAGAAGUCAAGGAUAAUCCGGUGCCAAAAGCCAUAUUUUACACUUGCAUGGACAGCAGAAUGAUACCCACGAGGUUUACAGAAACUUGUGUAGGAGAUAUGUUUGUUGUUAGAAAUGCUGGAAAUCUUAUACCCCAUUCACAACAUUUUGUAGAUGAGAUGACUAGUUGUGAACCCGCUGGCUUAGAACUAAGCUGUAUUGUAAAUGAUAUCAGACACGUAAUUGUGUGUGGACAUAGUGACUGCAAAGCCAUGAAUCUACUGUAUAAACUUAAGAGUAAAGAAGAAUCGAGUAUAGAACAAAGAAGAAUCUCUCCAUUAAAAUCAUGGCUCUGUUCUCACGGGAAAUCUAGUUUAGACAAGUUUCUUGAUAUUGGUGGUGAUUUUGAAAAGCCAAUACUAUUUACUGCUGAAACGCCACAGAGAAAAUUUGUAGCAUAUAUUGAUCCUGAAAACAAAUUUUGUAUUGAAGAUAAAUUGUCUCAGGUUAACACAUUGCAACAACUUCAGAACAUUGCAUCCUAUGGAAUGUUAAAAAAACGCCUUCAGAAGCAUGACUUACAUAUACAUGCUUUGUGGUUCGAUAUUUAUACAGGAGAUAUAUACUAUUUUAGCAGACGAGCUAAAAGGUUUCUUAUAAUAGACGAAUCAAGUUAUGAAAUAAUUUUAGCAGAAAUCAGGAGAUAUUAUUCCUAAAUCUGAAAUGUCAGUAUCAGUAUAGUUAUUUAGUUUAUUAUCUCGUUUUU